AUACAUACAUCCAACUUGUAAGGUCGGCUUAACAAUUAACAAUGAAAAUUGCACAUAUCCAUCCACACAAUCAAUGGCAUUUAUAAAUAUGUUUUAUUCACUCACAAAUAAUCAUUAAAUAAUUUAACUUUGCAAGUUUUACAACUUCUCAAAACGUAACCUUUCCAGUACACAGGUCUAUAAGUUUCGGAACAGCCUCCAACAAUGCAAUUUGCCCAAACGACAUCACUUUUUCCUCUUCUUCUCCUUCUCGUCACCCAAGUGACCUCGGACUGCUGCGGAACCUGGUAUCAAUUUCACUGUCCCCGCGGUCCGGACGGGAAUGCGCUCGUCCUUUGCGCCGACUGCACGCGCGGAACGCCCUUUUGCGGCUACGACGCGUGCAACAUCUUCGGCUGCAACUGCGAGUGUCGCGUGGCCCCCGGAGACGCCGUUGUGCACGAUACGGAAGACACGUCAAGCAUGGUGAGCGAAAAGGUGGACAAAAUUGUGGCGUCGUUGGACAAGAAUGGCGACGGAGUCAUUGACAGGGACGAAUUUCACGGGGUCCGCGUCCCUCCAGGAAGGAGCCAUCCAGUCUAUUUAUUCUACGAAUUUGUCUCUUUGGACAGAAAUAGGAACCUGGUGAUCGAACCGGGGGAAAUUGAUGGGAAUUAUGUAGCUAAGAAAGAAGAGAGCUGAAUAAACAAAGCGAAAAUAAAAAAAAUGGUUUCAUAAAAAAUCUGUAAUUUUUCAUUUCUAUUUUUUGACAGUGUUUUAUUCACUAAUUUUAUGUGUACAAUGUACAGUGCGGGUGAGAGAACAAUGCAUAAUAAAUAUUGAAGGAAACGACUCGAACAAAUUA